UCUCGCCAAAAGCGUUGUUUAGUUAACAAUAAGAUUAUGCAAGUAAGUAAAGUGUGAAAACAUUUGCGGUACAGUAUAUAAAGGGGAAAACAUUCCGAAUAUUUCGUUACUGUAUUCGUUUUCGUCCUCAGGACCAUAGAAAAGGGUAACUUCUUAUAAUUUGAUUGAAUGUCGAUCAUGCGUCCAUAUUGUCGACUGUUAAUUGCUUUUGCAUGGACGCUUGUCAUCAUCACGUCAAUGGGAGCAGUCCCUUAUAGUACCGAUGAUGAAGCCGAUGAAAGCAAACAUAAAUGGUUAAAUAUGGUUCCGAAUUAUGAAACAGGAUUAAGGACUGCGCAAUGGUGCGAAAAAAUGAACGUAAAUCCUGACGAAUUAGGUGACUACUUCGAAGGAGAUAUCAUGAUCGCAAGUGACAUUAAAAGAAACGUAUUGAGUGAUGAUGCUGAUUGGCAUUGGUGGUCUGAUGGCGUUAUUCCUAUCGUAGUCGAUGGUGAUUUCGAUGAAAAAGGACACGAACAUAUACAUCAAGCAAUAAAUGAAUUUAAAAAGUAUACAUGUAUAGAAGUUAAAGCUAGAACUAACGAAGAUAACUAUGUCAAAAUCAGUAGCGAUUAUUCUGGAUGCUGGAGCGAGAUUGGCAGAAAAGGCGGUGAACAAAAAAUGAAUUUGCAGAUUCCUGAAUGUUUAGGAAAGGGUGUUAUCAUGCAUCAGUUUAUGCACGUCGCUGGUUUUUCUCACGAACACACUAGAUCAGACCGAGAUAAUUAUGUAAAAAUCAAUUGGGAAAAUAUUCAAGAAGAUGCUAAAAGGAAUUUCAAAAAAACUGAGCUAAAGUGGAGUAAUUUUGACAUUCCUUAUGAUUAUGACAGCAUAAUGCAUUCUUCAGCGUACGCGAGCGCUGUACACGAUUACGUAAAAACUAUUAUACCUUUAAAAGAUCCAAACAUAAAAAUCGGCCAGAGAGAGCGUCUUAGCGAUUUGGACGUUAUGAAGAUAAAUGUAAUGUAUAAUUGCUCAUCGAUGUCACACAAUCAAGUUGUGUAGAAAUCAUCCUGGAAUUGUAUCAAAAUAAUUGUUAUUAAUUUUGCGAUGCUGAUAAUGCAUAAAUGAAAAAUUAAUCUUAGC